GCCUCAAACUUCAAUCCUCCUGAUCUCAGCCUUUAGCAGGUAAACUAGUAUUAAAGGUGGGAGCCACUGGCAUGCCUGGCUGUCUAGGCAUUCUUGACCUGAAGUCCACAGAGCCUCGGGUGCUUCCUAAUUGGGCUCCAAAGGAAUCAUGAGCAGCAUCAAAGUAUAACAGAUGUUGCAGUGUGGGCCUAUAUCUUCACAUUUCACUAGAAAGCCAAAAGAAUUUGGUGUUCCCAAAAGGUCUAAGAAUGCCUUUUUGUUUAGUUUUGCUGCUGAACAAGAUUGUGGGUUGUAUGCAGUGGUGUUUUAAAAAACACUUGGAAGUAGACUUCACUCAUACAGUAUCCAGCUGGAAAAUAAUUGCCCCUUGUACCUCCCUCUAGUAUUUUUAGAUCUAUUACAAAUUUAGUGUAAUUCCACUUCUGCUUCAAAUUACCCUAAUUUAUAUAACAAGCUAGUUUGAGAACCCAGGGAAUCUCAGGUGUAAUUCUAAUUUGGUGUUGAUUUUAUGUUUCUUUGGGUAAAUAUUUGCUGUAUAUUUUCAUUUUUGCAUAUUAAAUGAUAUGAGAAUACUGAACAGUGCAGAGGGAAAAAUGUAGCCUUAUUUAUUAUGGUCCUGGGGAUCAAACCCAGGGCCCUGUGUAUAGUUUUCUACCACCAAGCUACAUCUCGACUGCAACAAUGUAAUGUUAGUAUUGCUGAUACAUUUGCAGAUUGUGGCAAAUGGAAAUUUUGAGUAAAUGAUAUUAUGAAUUUUUUUUUUCUUUACUUGUCAGUUGGUUUAGUCCUUUACAGAAAGUGGUGUUGUAGUUACGUGGAAUUUAUUCAUGACUGGAUAUACUCAGAAAAAGGAAGCAUUACUUUGUUCAUUUACUUAUUUUUGAGUCAAGGUCUCCCUGUGUAGUUGAGGUUGGCCUGGAAUUCGUGAUCUUUCUGUCUCAGUCUCCUUCAUAGUUGGGCUUAUAGGCCUGAACCACCUUCCCUAGCAUAAGGGUUAUGUCGUAUCUUUAAUAUUAUACCAAAAUUCCACAAAUUGUAGAUUAAAAGUCCAUCAGUCUGUCUUGUACUUUCAGUAGAUCUCUUACUUACCCAUUCAUGAGUUUGUACCAUCAUGCAUGGGUCAUUUGGAAAGUGUCAGUCAGUAAAUUUGAAGGUCUUCUAAAAAUCAUACUCAUCACUGUCACCCAGAUCUUGUUAGGAAAACCUGUAAGUGUUGGGAAGCCAGCAAGCUUACAGUGGUGGAUGUAAAGUUUUCCAAAAUGCUUGGAAGCUCAAACUUGAUUAUUAGCAAUAAAUACCCUCAGUCCUUUUCCUUGAAGGAACAGCUUUACUUUGUUCAUUUUCAAGAAAAUGUCUCCCAAAUACUCAAGUCAGAAUAACCAGUUUAUGAAUUCUUCUUUCAAGUAAAAAUGGUACUCCAUGCAAAAAGCGAGUGUAGCUUUCCACUCAAGUGGAAAAACACAAGUGCUUUUCUAGUAGACAGACAUCAUACUUCAGUGUGCAGCAGACUGCUUUGUGUGCAGGAAUGGCAUUGCUCGAAGAACCUCAAAAAGACCUGUACUCACUGGUCAAGAUUUAAUGAAAGUAAUAAUUCUGACUGGUUGCUUCAUUAAGGGCAGUCACACGGGAAACUGACUUUUAAAACUGUAAUGUAAAGUGUGCAGUGACUAUUGGGCUCAUUUGCUGCCACUACCUUGAUUAGUGCUAAAGUGAUAAUAGUUUUCCAUGGUUGCUUUUUUUUUUUGCACCAGCAGUGAUGUCAGCACAGUGAAAAGACAAAUACUGUCCUUGUGUUAUUCUAAAAACAGUCCUGACCUCUGAAAAGGUCUUGGGGACUCCCAGGAGUCCUGUAACCACACUUUGAGAACUCCUGAUAGAGUAGCAUUGUAGUUUGGGUGCCAGAUGUUCACGUCUGUACUCUACUCUUGAGUAACACAGUGUGGACUGUCUCUGUGAGGUUGGGCAACAGUCUUGGUUCUAGGUCGAUGGGGAGUCCACAGGCCAGGAAUUCUUUCACCAGUCAUCUUAAGAGUGGCAGUGCCCGCAAGUAAGAGGCUGGAUCACCACCUUCGUCCAUCUCUGCCCAUUGAAGUUCUUUUCUGCUUGUGUUUAGGCACUGCUUAAAUGCCUUUUCUGGUCCUCAGAGCAGUACUUCUUUAAGUGCUUAAUAUAUUACUGGUUUGCAUCUUGUUUUUUGAUCAAACCUUUAAUUACUAAAGGACCCACUUGAGUUAUUAUUGUUCUUUGUGUAAUCUGCAUGUUGCCCCAAAGGGAAGACGUUCUGCAAACGUUAGUCUCAACGUAGUAAAUUCAAAACUGAAAGCAAAGUAAAACAAGUGUCUGUUCGUUGCCGUUUCCUGGUCGUAGGCACUGGAAUGAUCGAGAGCAGCGGAGGUGGUUGACUGCUGCGGUUGUUCUCCGCUCACUGCGGCCCCGGUAUCCCACAGAUGCUCACGUGGGAGCUGCAGUUCUGAGCGGCGGGUACUGGCUGUUCCGGCGCGGUGUGUUUGUACAUUGCUAAAACCUGGCAGGGGAGCGCCGUAGCGGCCCCGGGCCGGGCGGGGCGGGCGGCGGGGAGUCCCCGCCCGGCGCAGCCUCGCCUGGGGCUCGGGCCGGCCGAGCGCCCUGCCCUUUUAAGGAGGUGGACUGUACCACCAUAAGUUUCUUGACGGGGGGGGGUACUGACGAACUCGGGUAACUUCGAGUGCGUCCCGCGGCGAUUUUGUUGCCCUUCUAACUCGGGGCGGACUUGUGCGGCUGUGGUGUGCGAGCCGAACGCUGGCGGGCUUAGGCCACGCGAGCCCCUUUGCCUCUCCUUCCCGGAAAUAGUCCCGGGGAGCUCUGGCUAGCUCUAAGUCCCGACGCGACGUUCCCCCGCGCUUGUGCAAAGUGUCGUCCGCCCGCAAGCCCCAGUGCCCGGAUGUCCAUCAGGAUUAGUGCGAGCCAAUAGCUCGCAGGCCGAGGCUGCGCUGAAGACGCCCGGGUUCCGGAGCAGGUAGUCCCGUCACCUCGGGAGCUGCGCCGGGGGUCGUCCCCGCCCGGCUCCGGCAAAUGGUGAGCUGCGCGGCGCUGGCUGCAGGGCCCGCGGGUUGAAGGCUCUGAUGGACAGAAGAUACUGGGCUCUAUAAACUGAAGGAUGGCAGCCCACUCAAGCUUGUACAAUGAAGACAGAAACCUGCUUCGAAUUAGAGAGAAGGAAAGACGCAAUCAGGAAGCUCACCAAGAAAAAGAGGCAUUUCCUGAAAAGAUUCCCCUUUUUGGAGAGCCCUACAAGACAGCAAAAGGUGAUGAACUGUCAAGUCGACUACAGAACAUGUUGGGAAACUAUGAGGAAAUGAAGGAGUUCCUUAGCACCAAGUCUCGCCCUCAGCGCUUGGAUGCUUCAGAAGAUAGGUUGGGGAAGCCAAGAUAUCCUUUCUUUCCUGAUAAGGGGAGCAGCAUUCCAUCCAACUCCUUCCACUCUCGGGUCCACCACCAGCCCAUUCACACUCCCACCUCUGGACCACUUCCUGUUGGUACCAUUAGCCACAACCCAAAGAUGGCGCAGCCAAGAAUGGAACCGUUGCCAAGUCUCCAUGCCAAAAGCUAUGGUCCACCGGAUGGCCAGCACCUGACCCAGGAUCGCCUCAGUCAGGAGGGGUACAGCUCUACUCAUCACAACACAGGUGACCACAGAGCUGAUGGAGGCCACUGUGCUUCUAUGACAGACUUAGCUCCAGAGAGGGAGCUUUCCCCCUUAAUCUCCUCUUUGCCUUCCCCACUGCCCCCUUUGUCACCUGUACAUUCCAGCCAGCAGACUCUUCCCAGAAUGCAAGGAAGCAACAAGGCUCACAGCAGUAGCAAUAACAGUAAAAGCCUCUGCCCAGCCAAGUCUCCCAAGGACCUGGUGGUGAAGGUCCGUGAUAAAGAGAAGCCUCAAGACAGUUUGGUGGCGGUUGCCAGCCUCGGGGUAGCUCCUCCCCAGCCGCCUUCUCAGACAUUUCCACCCCCUUCUCUUCCUUCGAAAAGUGUUGCAAUGCAACAGAAGCCCACCGCUUAUGUUCGGCCCAUGGAUGGCCAAGACCAGGCUCCUAGUGAGUCUCCAGAGCUGAAACCGCUGCCGGAGGACUUCCGUCAGCAGACCUUUGAAAAAAUAGACUUAAAAGUGCCUGCCAAAGCCAAGCUCACCAGACUGAAGAUGCCUGCGCAGUCAGUCGAGCAGACCUACACCAAUGAAGUUCACUGUGUUGAAGAGAUUCUCAAGGAAAUGACCCACUCAUGGCCUCCUCCUCUGACAGCAAUACACACGCCUAGUACAGCUGAGCCAUCCAAAUUUCCUUUCCCCACAAAGGAUUCUCAGCACGUCUAUUCUGCAACCCAAAACCAAAAACAAUACGAUGCGCCUCCAAAAACCCACUCUAGUUCUCAGCAAGGAACAUCCAUGCUCGAAGAUGACCUUCAGCUCAGCGAUAGCGAGGACAGUGACAGUGAACAGACUCCAGAGAAGCCUCCUUCCUCAUCUGCACCUCCAAGUGCUCCGCAGUCUCUUCCAGAGCCAGUGGCAUCAGCGCAUUCCAGUAGCACAGAGUCAGAAAGCACCAGUGACUCAGACAGCUCCUCGGACUCGGAGAGUGAGACCAGUUCAAGUGACAGCGAGGAGAACGAGCCCCUAGAAACCCCGGCUCCGGAGCCUGAGCCUCCAACAACAAACAAAUGGCAGCUGGACAACUGGUUGACCAAAGUCAGCCAGCCUGCAGUGCCCCUGGAGGGCCUGGGGAGCACAGAGUCCCCCUGCCAGCGCCAGGAAAGUAAGGGUGGCAGCGAUAGCAGCACCACAGGUCAGGAGCAUUCUGAAUCCAAAGAUCCUCCCCCGAAGAGCUCCAGCAAAGCCCCCCGGGUCCCCUCCGAAGGCCCCCACCCUGGGAAGAGGAGCUGUCAGAAGUCCCCUGCACAGCAGGAGCCUCCACCUAGGCAAACUGUUGGAACCAAACAACCCAAAAAGCCCAUCAAGACCUCUGCCCAGGUGGAUUCGAGGGCCAACCUGCAGGUGGAAAGUGAGCCAGGACUUCUUUCCUAUGGCUCAAAAGACCACACUUCCAAAGACAAGCCCAAGGUGAAAACGAAAGGGAGGCCCCGUGCUGGGGGCAGCAGGGAGCCCAAGCCCACCGCACCCACCCCCAGUGAGAAGAAGCAGCACAAGAGCUCCCCACCAGCCCCCUCCAAGGUGCUCUCAGGCCCAGUACCCACGAAAGACAAUGUGGGGGCCAGGAGCCCAGAGCACUUUGCUCUCGUCCCCUUGACUCAGAGUCAGGGCCCAUCCCAUGGUGGUGGCAGUAGCAGUGGCAGCAGGACUAGUGGCUGCCGACAAGCAGUGGUGGUCCAGGAGGAUGGCCGCAAAGACAGACUCCCGUUGCCUUUGAGAGACACCAAGUUGCUCUCACCACUCAGGGACACCCCUCCCCCACAAAGCCUGGUGGUGAAGAUAACCCUAGACCUGCUCACUCGGAUCCCCCAGCAGCCAGGGAAGGGGAGCCGUCCAAAGAAAGCCGAAGAUAAACAGUCGCCUGCAGGGAAGAAGCAUGAAUCUGAGAAGAGAAACUCAGACAGCUCCAACAAGUUGGCUAAAAAGAGAAAGAGUGAAGUGGAGAGAGAUGAUAACAAGAAAAUCAGAUUGGAGAAAGAAGCCAAAUCACAGUCAUCUUCAUCUUCAUCCUCCCACAAAGAGUCUUCUAAAACAAAGACAUCCAGACCCUCCGCAGAGCCCUCAAAAAGGGAAAUGCUGCCCCCUCCACCUGUGUCAUCCUCAUCGUCCUCUUCUUGCCAGAAGCCAGCCAAGACUGCACACAAGAGGUCAAGGAGGGAAGCAGACAUCUGUAAUCAGGACCCUUCCAAAAGUGCCAGUAGUAGUAACAAGAGCGACCAUAAAGACCCUUCCGUUUCCAAGCACAGAAAAGUGCAGGGGAGGGGCUCUGGAAGCUCCACCGAACAUAAAGGAUUUUCUGGAGAUACUGCAAAUCCUUUUCCAGUGCCUUCUUUGCCAAAUGGUAACUCUAAGCCAGGGAAGCCUCAAGUGAAGUGUGACAAACUACAAGCUGAUUUUCACAUGAAGGAGGCCAGAAAGUUGAAGUGCAGAGCAGAGUCAAUGACAGACAAGGCUGGAAAGGCCUUUAAGUACUUGGAAUCCAUCCUGUCCUUUAUUGAGUGUGGAAUUGCCAUGGAGUCGGAAUCUCCCACGUCAAAGUCGGCUUACUCUGUGUACUCAGACACCUUAGAUCUCAUCAAAUUCACGAUGUCAUUAAAAUCCUUCUCAGAUGCCACAACGUCAACACAAGAGAAAAUAUUUGCUGUUUUAUGCAUGCGUUGUCAGUCUGCGUUGAACAUGGCGAUGUUUCGCUGUAAGAAAGACAUAGCAAUAAAGUAUUCUCGUACUCUCAAUGAACACUUCAAGAGUUCUUCCAAAGUGGCCCAGGCACCUUCGCCAUGCAUUGCAAGAAGCACAGGCACACCAUCCCCUCUUUCCCCAAUGCCUUCUCCUGCCGGCUCCAUAGGGUCUCAGUCAAGUGCUGGCAGUAUGGGGAGCAGCGGGGUGACUGCCACCAUCAGUACCCCGGUCACCAUCCAGAACAUGACUUCCUCCUAUGUCACCAUCACGUCCCAUGUCCUUACCGCCUUUGAUCUUUGGGAACAGGCAGAGGUCCUCACAAGGAAAAAUAAAGACUUCUUUGCUCAACUCAGCACAAAAGUCUGCACCUUGGCCCUGAACAGCAGUUUGGUGGACCUGGUGCACUAUACAAGGCAGGGCUUGCAGCGACUCAGACAAGUAGCCAAAACACCUUAGUGCACGCUCAAGUUGACUCAACACCUUGAGAACUGUUUUUGCACAUUGGAAGCCUCAAAAACAGUCUAGACAUUUGCCUCAUCAGGACACCAAACUCAAGACUGUGAGAUGGCCAGAUGUUUGUCCACUUCAACUCUGAAGAACUGUGUGGUAUUGGUUGGACAUUAUGACUGUGCAGAAGCAGAGAUGGAGGUCGGCCCCAGAGAUGAUCUUGCCUUUCUAAAUAAAGGAUGGAAGUGCAAUGUAGCCUGAUGGGCAUAUGAGUGGUCUAGAAACAUUUCUGGUUUUUUGUCUUUUUCUUUUUUUUUUCAUUUUAGUUUUUUGUUGUUGUUUUAAACCAGGAGGAUAUAAGUUGGAAAUCAAAUGAGAAGCAGUUUCAGCUCUGAAAGCAAAUUCACGUCACCUCACUAGUCACACUAGUCCAUUCCCAGAAUGAAUUUUUUUAAAACAGUGAUUUGUGGUGAAGGGUUUUGUGAAUGAUUUUUUUUUUUUAAGGGUUCUAUUAUUUAAUGAUACUAAUGGCCAUCAGUAAAACAUAAGUUUUGAAGGAUCCCACUGAAUCCUACUUUCUGCCAGUGAACAGUGGCUUUGACGUACUCAGUGUAGUCUUCAUCUGUAAGGUCAGAGGCGACCCCUGCCCUACCUAGAGCACUGCACAUUUACCCAGCUCCGGCUUCUCUGACUGUGCUGACAGACGGCCUGCGCAGCGCACUGGACGAACAGCUGACUUCAGGAGCAUCUCAUGUCUCCACGCUCCUUGCUCCUGUGAGAGGGACUAGCUAACAAGGCACUCACCCAGACUGUUCUGAAUUUCCUACAUACACCGGGAAGAAGGGAACCAACAUUUACCUGACCAGAUGGCUAAAGUGCUUUUUAAGUUUGGUGUAAGUAGAGCUGGAACUCGAGGUGGUCAAUUGGUGUGCACAGCUGUGUGGUGACUCCUGUGUCUCACCAACUCAGAGUUUUGGUAGUGAACAAAGAAAAAUGAAAAAAAUCUACUUCUUAGAGAGGCUAUAUUUUUCUGCUACGAAUUAUUUUAUAUUUAUAGCAAACUAAAUUUCGCAAGCCCUUGAUCGUCUAGAAGUUAACUCCCUGAGAGGAUGUGGAGACUUGGGGGAUGAGACUUAAAAAAAAAAAAUCACCACCACAUGCCUUCAUUCCAGAUUGUUCUCUGUCAGGUAGAUUUGAUUAGGUUGAAGAGGAACUGUGGCCUUCUCAUAAGCUGUUGCUGUACUGUCUGCACUAAACCAAGUUCAUUUUGAGUGACCCAAAAUGAAAGCGCACAGUCAGAAUGUUCAUAUACUCACAAGCACAGAUUCUCUUUCUCAAUGAAAAUUUGAAGGCUAUUAUUGGAAAUAUUCUUUCAAGUACAGCGAUUUUAAAAGCCAUUUCUUUUUAUCCCCUUUAGAAUUUGCACAUGUAUUAAAAUGAGGAGUGAGCGUUCUGAUUGGUUCAUUUUUUUCCCUUUUACCCCCAUCUGUGCCUGUACUUGUUUCCUACCAGACAUGUUUCACAUUUUUGUAUUUAUUAGUGAAGAAAGGAGAAGCCUCUUUAUAAUGAAGACACCUAAGGUCCUUAUGAUGAAUGUGAGAACAACUUGGGAUUUUGGUGGCUGUAUGAAGGGAUGUGUAGAGGAUGGGAGUGAUGCUUGUUUUCUAGUGUGAAUUGGGUGGUGGUGUCCCUUCUCUUCUCCAACCUGUUCUUCUGUCACUAGCUGGGUUAAAGCCAGCUAUAACAACAGUGGUGUUCUAUCUAGCAUAAGACCUGAUGUGAUCUCUGGUGGAGCAAUUUGUUGAUGGUCUGCAGCAAAGCCAUGGUCUUUUUCAACCACCGUUGUUAAAUGAGCAAUAAUUACUUGGUAGUUGUGUGCUGUGGUGGUGUGAGCAUCUCUGGUUGUGAUUAAUUUACACCUUUUCCCUUACUCCCCAUUUGCCUCAUCACUCCCUGAAACAAGCUGCCUGUCAGUUGUGAAGGGCUCUGCUCUUUGUGCUGGGUUCUGCUCUGUCUGUACUGAGCCAGAGCAUGGUGUGUCUGCCAGGCAGCUACAGUGCUCCUUCCCUGAAGAGCUGUCUGUGCAGAUUCCCUGCCAAUCGGAAAAGAACACAUGGCUUAUUCAGUGGCCAUAGUCUUUGUGGUUUUGUUUUUUUCUUACUGAACUCUCUUCUAAAAUUCUAUCUGUCCCCUGAAAGAAUAACAAAUUUGGAUAGAUCAGUUUAUACUACUUAGGUCAUUGGAUGUUUCAGAUUCUUGCUGCAAGACUCAUUGUACUCAAAAGAAAACUAGAGUAUGGAAAAGAUAGUGGCUGAUGAAUCCUUGCUGUUCAUCAGUUCUUUGGAUGUUACUGUUGUACAUAGAAGUCUGAAGGAUUUUUAAACCAUCUGCACUUUUUCACUGCAUGCUUAUAAUUCCCAAAGGCAAGAUUUGCACUGAAGUAGAUAAUUUGAGAAGUUAGAUUAUAAAAUUAAGCCUUUGAAUAUGUGAAGUUCUGUAAUAGUAAUAGUACACACGUCACAGAGAGAUUAAAAAAAAUCUUCAGGAGUGAAAAUAAUAUAAAUCUUGCCUUGGCCACUACAAAGGGAGAGAGAGAGACGUGUGUGUGUGUGUGUGUGUGUUACCUUCGAUAGGAAAUAGAACAACAAUUUUAAAAGUGUUGAUUUUGCCCUUGGAGAUAAUCAAAAUGUGAAUCAAUGGAUUUAAAAGUCCUGCUAAAUAAUGCAAAACACUUCACUGAAACUUACCAAAUCACAUUUGGUAAGGGAUGGGAGGGUCCAGCAAGCAGUUAUCAGGAAUAAAUUACAACAGGAGAGUAAUGUGACUGAUUAUGAUUUGAUCCCAAGAAGAGCAUCUUUUUUUUUUUAUUUUUAGCAAAAUGACCUUUAUUUUGUACAUCUGUUUGGGCAAAAAUGUAUAGCUAUUUCUCUAAAUGAGGUCGACCACAUUUACCUCCCUUGUUCUAGAUCCUCUUAAUUAUAGAUCUCAGGAUGUGUAGAAAAUAAUUUUCCCUCUUUUUGUCUGAAAAUUUGCCUUAAUUGGCACCUUACAUGUUAAUGUUAGUGACAGCAGUAGCUUAAUCUUAUUGUAAUUCCUGUUUGAUUACUUUUUAAAGCAAAAAUAAAACCACUGUUCCCUUCAAAACUUAUCUAGGACAUACAGAGGAUGUAUCUAUAGGAAUGCAUACAAUAAGAGCUGAUUCAAUUGGAUACAUUUGUGCCUUUGUUGACCAAACCUAAUUUUGAAAUAACUCUGGGUCACCACAGCUUCCAGGGAUGUUACAUGCAUCUUCUUUUACUCUUACGUUUUAUGAAGUUGGAAGAAUAUAUGUACAUCCUAGGGUAAAUUAGUUGGACUUUAAAAAAAAAAGUACUUUAAAAUUUUUCCAUGCCUCCUACUAGAUUUCCUUCUAUUUUUUUCCUUAAUGACUUGUUUUCCCCAACACUACAAAAUAUCUUUGAAAACUUACAACUUCAACUGUUACAUGCUUUAUCACUGACAAGCAGUAUUUAAAUCUUGCAAGAAUAUUUUGGGCGCUUUUAGAAACACAAAAGUGUAGCUUUUCUCCCUGAGAAAUUGAGAGUUACAUGUUACAGCUGUGGAGAUUGGACAGGAUGAGUUAUGGCGGUACUUGUCUCCCCUCUCCCUCCAGUGUGUUGCCUCUUUUGUUUGCUUUUGGUCCCAUUUGGGAUAAUGGAUAUAAGCAAGGUAUUUUUCUGUGCCUGUUUUGGUGGGAAGGAUAACAGCAGAUCUGGUGUUGGGAAUUUCCCUCCAAACAUUGUUAGUGCUGUCGUCUAUCUCCACCAUGUAAUCCUAAAUAAGCAGUCCAGUCGUGUUGGUUUCUUGGUGCCUGAGAAUGCUAAUCUCCUAUGGCUGGUAGCUCUUAUUUAUGAUGCAAUGACAAGCCCCGUCCACCACUUUUCUUUCUGUGGCUGUAAAUUUAUUGUCCUGGGGAAAAUCAGCUAUAUUCUGUUCCCAGUGUGCAUCAGACAUCAUCAGGUACUGUGGAGGGUAAAAAACACCCAGACUUUUCUACCUAAUGAGGACCCUCAGAGGGCAGGAAGGAACCCACAGCAACUUGUGAGUCUGUAUAUCAAGAGAUAGGCCUGGGAGGACAAAGCAGUAGGACCGCCAACAGCAAGGCUGGCUGAGCCAUACUGUCAGACCAGGCAGUGGCCACUGAGGAAAAUAAAGCUUGCUUUGCUUAAAAGUAUAUGUUAAAGCAAUGCUCAAUAUAGGCAGUAUUAAGUUUGCCUUUUGUUCAGGCCGUGACAUGUAUUGUUAAGAUUUUACUGCACAUUCUUCCCUCAGAUAUCAAGUAUACACUGUUCGUGUUGGGGUGGGUGCGUGUCCCAAACCUUCUUGUAAUUUUUUUUUUUUUUUUCUGAAUGUGAUUAUGUUUUGGAUGAUACCUGAGCAGGGUUGCCUUUUUUUUUUUUUAAUUUAUUGCCAUUAUAUAUUAUAUUAUAUAUUUUUCGCUUUCUUACAAUGUUAGAGGAAAGUCAAACCUUGGUAUUAUUAAAAUUGUUAUAAAAAGUAGUAAGUUGUCCAGUUGAUAAAUGAAUGUCACUGGUCUUUCUUUAAAAUAAUGAGUUUUUCUUUGAUUACUGUGGAAUGGUGUGCCAGCCAUUGUCAAUACAGUGAUCUUAUGCAUAGGACAGGGAAGCAGUGACACUGUCAGUGGGAAGAUGUGCAACACAGCUAAGGGGACUCCAUGUAUUGUAUCUACUUCAGCAAUGGAACUGCAACUUGGAGCUUUUGUGAAUAAAAUUUAGCUGCCUGUAUAGUCCUUUGAAUGAGACAGACAUCUGUGAGAGAAUUAUAGUUAGCUUUUUUAGGAGAAAAAUUUGCAAAAGAUCUUCCCAAAGAUAACGUGCCACAGAUCUUUUGGUUCUCUGUAAUGAAGAUUUAAGUGCUGUUUUUAAAAAAUGUAAUUGACUUGUUCUUCAAAUUCUUUCCUUUUCACAAGAGGAUCGAGUGUAAAAAAAAAAUUUAAUAAAAAUUUAGAGAAAUCAUUGGGGUUGAGUCCAUGCUUUUAGUGCUUUGAAUAAUGUAACCCUUAGGAUUGCUAUAUGAAGCUGGAUUUGCUGGCACAUCCCAGUAAUCUCAACAUUCCAAAGGCUGAGGCAGGAGGAUCUUGAGUUCCAAACCAGCCUGGGCUGUACAUGGUGAGACCUUGCCUCAAAAACAAAACAAAGAAAAACCCCUAUCUGAAAUUGCCAAGGGGAGUUUCAUGUGCUGUCCUUCACAGUAUGUAUUUAUUGCUGAAGCAGAGGAAGAAAUGUGGCCAGAAGGUACUUGUCCUGCUUGGUUUAUUUUCAAGAUCAUAAGCACACACAAGUUAGCCUAUGUCACCAGCAGGGCCUACCCUAACUUCAACUGCCAGGUGUAUCAGUGACCACGUUUGCCUAUUUUCAACAUCUCUGGGGGAUGGAUGGUUUUGUAGAAUGUUGGUAUUGGAAGUAAUUUAAAGGCCAACUGGUCUUUUCUCCUUUUGCCAUCCCUAAGGAAAUACCUCAGCAAUUUUAUGAAAUCAGAAAAGACCCAGGGUCUGAAAUCUUCCUGGCUUUGAAUUUUGGCUACCUGGUUUGCUAGUUAUAUGGCUUUACACAGGUUAUGUAACCUGUCUGGAUUUGUCUUUUCAUUUACAAGCUGUGUUGAUUACCUACCCUUCGAUCGCAAGGAUCACAAUUCCUGGUUUGUAGAGUUGCUUUGCACAGUGCCUGGCAUAACACACUGAAACUGCUGGUGCUGGGUAUUUUAAUUUAUUCCCUUCCCUCACUGUGCCACAACAUCCCAAUCUGCUCAAAACACUACUGAAGAACUUAUUUCUGGUCCAGUGGGGUGGCCCAUGCCUGUAAUCCUAGCUACUUACAAGGUAGAGAUCAGGAGCAGCUCAGUUCAAGGUCAACCUGGGCAAAAAGUCUGAGAGACACACCUCCCAACCACAUCAACCAAUAAAAAGUUGGGUGCAGUAGUGCGU